GUGGUGAUCAGCUUUUAUGUGGAAAUUCAUAAUUGCACACCGCAUUUUCGUUGUUUCCACGCUAUAUUUUAAUUAUUUAUCUCCGUCCCAACGAUUUCUGCUGAAGCGCAUUCAACGACAGAAAAAUUCGGAAGUCGACCAAGAGAGAUCGAGAGAUAAUCGGAUAACAUGUCGUGGCAAGCUUACGUCGAUGACCACUUGAUGUGCGAGAUCGAAGGCAACCACCUCUCUGCUGCCGCUAUCCUCGGCCAUGACGGCAGUAUCUGGGCUCAAUCCGCCAGUUUCCCUCAGGUGAAGCCAGAGGAAGUAACUGGUAUCAUCAAUGACUUCAAUGAGCCUGGCACACUUGCCCCAACUGGAUUACACAUUGGUGGGACCAAGUACAUGGUGAUUCAAGGCGAAUCAGGAGUUGUUAUUCGAGGCAAAAAGGGACCAGGAGGAGUUACAAUUAAGAAAACCGGAAUGGCUUUGAUCAUUGGGAUCUAUGAUGAGCCAAUGACUCCUGGGUUUCUAGUUUGCUUUGGAGGGAAAUGAUACGUGAGUAACUAAGGUGUGACAGUAUAUGAAGAUUGAUUAAACUUCUAGUGGUGUUACCCUCAUCAUGAUUUAAGUGUGAUACUUGUUUUGGUGGAUUUUUUUUUUUUUUUUUU